AAAGAAUGCAUCGAGCCUCAGACCUCUCACCCUCGUUCUCCCUCAGACAUCUCGAACCUCAUACUCUUCUCUCUCACGCCUUCUUUCUCACCCCGACGCCCUAACCCCAAAAUCCCGAACCCUAGAAAAUUUCUACGAGCCUCAGACCUCUCACCCUCGUUCUCCCUCAGACAUCUCGAACCUCAUACCCUUUCUCUCUCCCCCCUUCAGCCCCAAGCAGCUGAAGACCCAUCUCCCUCACCCCCUUCAGUAGAAGAAAUCUUCGUCGAAGGUACACGCGGACCGAUUCAGCUGAAGACCCAUCUCCCUCAGCCCCUUAAGUUUGAAGAAAUCUCCGUGAAAGUGUUGCACUUAAAAGUAGUCAUCUCUCUUUCAUCACGUAGACCGACUAUGGCAUCGAGUCAAGCGUCAUCAUGUGUAGUUAAUGAUAUUGAAAUGGAAUCACCGAGUUGUUGGUGUGGUUUGAAAGCGCCAUUAAAGAUCUCCCACACCCACAAAAAUCCUGGAAGGAAAUUUUAUGCUUGUCCGACUUAUGGAACGGGAGAAACAAGAUGCCAAUUCUUCAUUUGGGCAGAUAUACUUCAAUCAGUAAUAUCUGAGAAGUACCUGACAAGAGAGAAUGAAAUUCGGAAGAGGGAGGAUGCUUUGUUGUUGCGUGAGUAUGAAGCUCAAAAAAAAGAGGACAAACUAUUAGAGAGAGAGAAAACGCUGCAGAAGCAAGAUGACGACCUUCAUAAAAUGAUAGUAGAGAAUAGGGUUGUACGUAUUUUGUUGUGUCUCUAUUGGAUUGUAUCAGUUGUAAUUGUUUUUGGUUGGUUCUGAAUGUAGAUGCCGAGUGGUUAGAAAUGAAAAAAGACUGAUGGAAUCCUAACAUGUAUGAUAUAUUAUCUAUGAAUAUAAUUAUGACAGCUUAUAUGUAUAUGAAGUUCACUUUGUUUUGCGUGUAGUUGGCAUAGCCAUUUUUUUCUUA